GGUUCCGCCUGUUUCCCGCCCGGACACUUAUAGAUGUGGGACGGGGAAAAGAUGGCGGCGGCCAUGGUACAAAUGUCAUGUUUGUAUCGUGGGAUGUUGGCGGUCAGGACCACCGGCAUCCGACCUCUUAUCCCAGGACUUGUGCCAUCUCAGUUUAGGGCAUUUUCGGUAAAGAAAGAACCGGAGUUAGAGGAAAACCCUUAUUAUAGUAAAUAUGAAGAGAAGAUCAGAAAGCUGCGCAGUUCAAAACCUCAAGAAUACAAAACACGACUGGAAAAGCGAAGUGAAGUGAAGACUCAACCGCUCGGACAGUCCAGACAAGCCGAAUUCGUGAAGUAUAUGGAUAAAGAGCUGGACAAACGAGGUAAAGAGGGAUCCACGGGCUACACCAAAGAUAAGACAUUGGGAUCAAUUCUCAAUCUUGAUAUGGUUAAGGACAAAUCUGGAUCUGAAAUUGGAGAGCUUUGGAAGCAGUACUUCGCAAACAAGGACACAAUCAGUGCUAUCAUACCAGGUCCAACAUUUGACAUUAUUUUUGGUCGUGCCAAAUCAUGCCCAACGUUUCUGUACGCCCUGCCCCAGCAAGAGGGUUAUGAGUUCUUUAUCGGCCAAUGGUCUGGUCAGGAGCUGCACUUUACCUCUUUGAUCAACGUUCAGACAAUGGGGGACAACGCACCCAGUCAGGUCAUUUUAUACCAUUAUUCAGACCUGCAGAAGGACAAGGGCAUUGUACUUAUGACUGCUGAAAUGGAUACCAAAUUUCUGACGGUCCAGCAGGCCCAGUGCUUGGCCAAUCAGGUGCAGCUGUUUUAUGGAUCGCAGCGGUAUGAGACUUUCCGAUUGGUCGAGACCUUCAACCACAAACCAGCAGACUUCAAACACAUGUCUGUGAUAGCAGAACUAGAACAGAGCGGAAUAGGACUAGGAGUCACCACAAAAUAAAUGCGAUAAAAACAUUUGGUUCGAUGGAAGAUCUGUAAAUGAAUUUCUAUGAGAAGAGAUGUUAACUUGGAUGUCUUUCUAUCUAUAUGAUUACUGAAUGUCUGUUAUCUUGCAUUCAGAGUUAUUAGACUAAUAGAUAUAAAAUACUGAAGUCAUGUUCAUCUGCUACUGUGUAUGCAGAUUCACAUUCUGAUUGAUUUCUCAUUAACUUGUAUGUGUGGCCCUGUCAAUACUUGCAAACAAUAUUUGCUAUAAAGGCAAAAUUAAUGCAUAUUAGAAGUAACAAAUCCUGAUACCAUGAUAUAUUUUAUCCAAAGAUAUAUUCAUAUUUCUUACACUGCAAAAAAGGAUUUUCUAGUUGGUAUUUUUGUCUUGUUUUCAGUACAAAUACCUAUUUUUUUUAUUAAGUUGUAUUUUCUUUAAGAGCAGAAUUACCUAAGAAAAAGUCUAAUUUUUAUACAAAAUUUAAUUAAAUUUGUGCCUAAAAUAAGCAAAUAAAUCUGCCAAUGGGGUAAGAAAAAAAUCUUGAAAUAAGUUGACUUUUAUCUUAAACACUUAAUUCAUGGAAAAAAAUGUCACCCCAUUAACAGAUAUUUGGGCUUGUUUAAAGCACAAAUUCACUUAAAUUUUUUGUCUAAAAACUAGACUUAUCUUUUUAAGUAAUUUUGUUCAUAAAGACCUAAGAAAGAAGUCUAUUUUUUUAGACAAAAAAUCUUACAUUUAAGUAAAUUUGUGCUUAAAAUAAGCAAAUAAAUCUGCCAAUGGGGUAAGAAAAAAAUCUUGAAAUAAUAAUUUUUUCUUAAACCCCUUAUUCAAGAAAAAUUUUCUCACCCCCAUUGGCAGAUAUUUUUGCUUGUUUUAAGCACUAAUUUACUCAAAUUUUAUAUUUUUUGUCUAAAAACAAGACUUAUUUUCUUAGGUCAUUUUGCUCAUCAAGACCUAAGAAAAAAUCUAAAUGUAAGUAAAUUUGUGCUUAAAAUAAGCAAAUAGAUCUGCCAAUGGGGUAAGAAAAAAAUCUUGAAAUAAAU